AGCGGGGUCAGUGAUGUACAACAUACACACACAUCACUGAUUAAAACAGAAACUGAUGUGGGCUUCCGCAGCACUGGGUAUCCUAUUAAGACAGAGAGCCUAGAUGGUACAGAGCUGGGAUAUGUAACGCAUCUGCAUCCUGACCAAAUCAAAAUGGAGGCUGAUGAUGGAGGAUUUCAUAACCCAGAACACAUCAGUGACUUGCAGGAUUUUAAGUGUGUUAAUAUUAAAAUUGAAUCCAGUGAACGUUUAAUGAGUGAUCUCAUGAAUACUGGUGUUGGUCACAAAGACCAGACUGGACCAUGGCAAUAUGCAGGAGAGCCAAGCCCAAACUGUAAAAAGGAAGAAGCUCAUGACCUGCUGACUCAAUGUGAGGACUUAAACCAUGACUGUGACAUAAACAGUGAAAAUAAUUUAAGCAGAAUCACCCAGAUAAGUGCGAACACUAGCAGAAAACAUAUAAACUGUCAGAGAACUGAUGUGUUAAUUGAACCCAUAAUUGAUUCAAGUAAAAACCCAAGCCUCUUUCAAAAGAAGACUGUGCAUAGAAAUCAAGGUGGAUUUCAUACUGGUGGAAAGCCAUACAAUUGUACACAGUGUGAGAAAUGUUUCACUACCAAAUCUGCUUUAAAUAUACACCUGAGAAAUCAUACAGGUGAAAAGCCCUACAAAUGUAUACAGUGUGAGAAAUGUUUUACUACCAAAUUUGUUUUAAAUCUACAUCUGAGAAUUCAUAGAGAUGAGAAGCCUUACAAGUGUAUUCAUUGUGGGAAGUGCUUUUCCCAAAUAUGUAAUUUAAAUAGCCACCUGAGAAUUCAUACAGGUGAAAAGCCCUACAAAUGUAUCCAUUGUGGGAAGUGCUUUUCCCGAAUAUCUCAUUUAAAUUGUCACCUGAGAAUUCAUACAGGUGAGAAGCCGUACAAAUGUAUUCAUUGUGGGAAGUGCUUUUCCCGAAUAUUUGAGUUGAAUUGUCACCUGAGAAUUCAUACAGGUGAGAAGCCUUACCAGUGUGCACAUUGUGGAAAGUGCUUUUCCACAAAGUAUGUUUUAAAUUGCCACUGGAGAAUUCAUACAGGUGAAAAGCCAUAUAAUUGUACACAAUGUGAGAAGAGUUUUAAUACUAAAUCUGAUUUAAAUAAACACCAAACAGUUCAUAGAAGUGAAAAGCCAUACAAAUGUAUUCAUUGUGAGAAGUGUUUUUCCCAAAUGAGUCCUUUAAGAAACCACCUGAGAAUUCACACGGGUGAGAUGCCUAACAAGUGCACACACUGCGGGAAAUGUUUUACUACAGAAUAUAAUUUACAUACACAUGUGAGAAUUCAUACAGGAGAUAAGCCAUACAAGUGUACACAGUGUGAGAAGAGUUUUAUCACAAAAUCUCAAUUUAAUGCACACCAGAGAAUUCAUACAGGUGAAAAGCCAUACAAGUGUACACAAUGUGAGAAGAGUUUUAUUACAAAAUCUCAAUUUAAUGCACACCAGAGAAUUCAUACAGGUGAAAAGCCAUACAAGUGUACACAAUGUGAGAAGAGUUUUAUUACAAAAUCUCAAUUUAAUGCACACCAGAGAGUUCACACAGGUGAAAAGCCCUACACAUGUAUUCAUUGUGGGAAGUGCUUUUCCCAAGUGUCUAAUUUAAGAUGCCACCUAAGAAUUCAUUUAAGGGAAACGCCCUAAACAUCUCAACGCUGUGGUGAGUGCUUUUCCACAAUUUAACGUGCUAACAUGGAAUUCAUAGAGGUGAAAAGCCACGCAAUUUUAUUAAUUGUGCAACAUGCUUUUUAGUAGCCAGCUGAGAAUUCAUUCAGAUGAAAAGCCCUUUACAUGUUCUCUGAGCGGGAAGUGCUUUUCCCAAAAAAUGUGAAUUUAUUUUUCCCAAGAUGCAUCACACCAAUGAAAAACCCUGCACAUGUGUCGUGUGGGACUAAUGUUUUCAGUGUUGGGACUGUUUUUACCAAUGAAAGGCACUAAAUUGCUUCGAUGCUAGUAGUACAGUUACUCAGUGUGGGAAGUAUUUCAAAUGUACUUAGUGGUUAAUUUAAAAAAUCUAAUUUUCAUGGCCAGAAGGCAACUCCUACAAGUGUAGAGCCUGACGUACUCAUUGUGGGAAGUGUUUUGUGAAAGCAUCCUUUAUAUGGUGUAAUUUGUGUAGGAAGAGUUCCAGAUAUCCAUCAAAUUUCAUACAAUACCUGAGAAUUUGUACAGAUGUGCCUUUUUUUUUGAUUAACCACCCUGUUGUGGUUUCUAAAUUCUUAUUUGAUGGGUGUUUCAUUUGAGUUCAUGGAGAAAAAGGCUGGUUUGUAGUUGCGCAUUGUAAUGUACUUCUAACAUGCUGAUCAUGUUUCCGACAUCUGAGAAUACAGCACAAUAACUAGGGCAUCAAUCUACGAUGCUCCUUUCAUAACAAGUGUUUAUGACUGUUUUUUGAAAAUGUAAUUUUAAUUCCAUGUAAAUGUUAAAUGUAAUUCCUUGUGGACUGAAGCGUGAUAUUUUGGGAUUAUGAAAUUGACAGCAGUCUGUUUGGAUAUUCUGUGAAAAGAAACGUGGUUUUGUGUAUUGCAAACUUUUCUGAAAAUGAACUUGACUGUACUGACUUUUCCAGUUCUUUUACUGUCAAUGGUAGAUGCUGUAAUUGUUCUUGUCAAUUAAAGCUGAUUUUUUAGACCUGA